AUGGCGACCGCGGUGGUCAGCAAGCCGCAUGUAGAGCCCUCGGCGGCUGGGGAUACCGAGGAUCUCUACACGCGUCUCAAGACGCUCCAGAGGGAGCUCGAGUUUCUCGACAUUCAGGAGGAGUACAUUCGGGAGGAGCAGAAAAACCUUCAGCGUGAGCUUCUGCGUGCUCGGGAGGAGGUGAAGCGCAUUCAGUCCGUGCCACUCGUCAUCGGCCAAUUCCUAGAGAUGGUCGACAAGAACACGGGCAUCGUGGGCUCAACCACUGGAUCGAACUACUACGUGCGGAUCCUGUCCACCCUGAACCGGGAACUGCUGAAGCCGUCAGCUUCGGUGGCACUGCACAGGCACUCGAACGCGCUUGUCGAUGUGUUGCCGCCCGAGGCGGAUUCGUCCAUCAGUCUGAUGGACCAGCAGGAGAAGCCCGACGUCAGUUACAGCGACAUCGGUGGCUACGACAUUCAGAAGCAGGAGAUCAGGGAGGCCGUGGAGCUGCCCCUUACGCACUUCGAGCUGUACCGUCAGAUCGGAAUCGAUCCUCCAAGAGGAGUGCUCUUGUAUGGCCCGCCAGGGACAGGGAAGACGAUGAUGGCAAAGGCAGUGGCGCACCAUACGACGGCCGCGUUCAUUCGCGUCGUUGGAUCAGAGUUCGUGCAGAAGUAUCUCGGCGAAGGGCCCAGGAUGGUGCGAGAUGUCUUCAGGCUCGCGCGCGAAAACUCCCCAGCCAUCAUCUUCAUUGAUGAAGUCGAUGCCAUCGCCACUGCCCGCUUCGACGCACAGACCGGUGCGGAUAGGGAAGUGCAGCGUAUCCUCAUGGAGCUGCUCAAUCAGAUGGAUGGGUUCGAUCAGACAACGAACGUGAAGGUCAUCAUGGCGACCAACCGUGCUGACACGCUUGACCCUGCGCUGCUGCGACCAGGGCGCCUGGAUCGCAAGAUCGAAUUCCCGCAGCCCGACAGGCGGCAAAAACGUCUCAUCUUCCAGGUCUGCACUGCGAAGAUGAACCUUGCUGCCGAUGUCGACUUGGAAUCAUUCGUGUCGAGGCCGGACAAGAUUUCGGCGGCGGACAUUGCGGCCAUUUGCCAGGAGGCGGGCAUGCAGGCGGUGAGGAAAAACCGCUACAUGGUGACAUCAAAGGACUUCGAGAAGGGCUACCAGUCUCACGUGCGCAAGUCAGACAACGACUUCGAGUUUUACAAGUAA